AUGCUCAAUUCUUUCACCGCGCAUCUGAAAUCCUCAAACCGCAUCCUCGCCCUCUUCGGAGCAGGCUUAUUCGCCGCCUCCGGCCUCCCAACCUACCGCAGCCCGUCCAGCUUCUGGCGCACGUAUUCAGGCCAGCAACUUGCCACUCCGAAGAAAUUUGAAGAAGACCCGGGGUUAGCGGUGCCGAAUGAGGCGCAUGUUGCGCUGGCGAGGCUGGCGGGCGUGAAGGGGAGACUUUGCCAACGCGCUGGUCAUCCCGCGACCCAGAUUGUGGAUUUCCACUGCUCGCUCUUCCACGUGAGAUGCGUCGAUGGCGCGUGCGGGUAUGAGGCUGGAAACUUGACUUCCCCAAUCACUCCAGCGCUCGCACUUCCGAAUGGUGUUGAUAUUGCUGAUGCCAGCGUCCCGCUGCCGGAUGUCGGCGUCGAUGAGCUCCCGCAAUGCCCUAAAUGUAAGACUGAUCUGCUGAGACCGGCUGUAUUCUGGUUUGGUGAGGGAGUGCCAGAAGAGCGCGAAGUGAAGGUGGAGAACGAAGGGCGGGACCUGAUGCUGGUGGUUGGGACUUCGGCUGUGGUUUACCCUGCCGCUGCUUAUAUAACGAAGGCGAGAGAACGGGGGGCUCGGGUGGCUUUUUCAAUAUGGAGGUUAAAAGUUGCGGGUAUUGCGAGACCAGAAUCUGAGGAUUGGUCGUUCGUUGGAGCUGCGGCGGUGCUUGUGCCUUAGGUUUUAAAGGCGUUUCUCAAUGGAAAUGGGCAGUGAGAUUAUGCUGUAGAUAUUGGCACAAGUUUUAGAGU